UUUUGCAUCGACAUAUAUUUCUGCAAGCGGUUUUUUGCAGAGACUGUGUCCUGAAAAUAAUUUUUGUGAAUUUUCUGAAAAAAUAAGUGAAGUUGCAGUUCUUGUAAGAAAUAUAACUUAUUCUUAAUAACUACAGUUCAAAGCAAGAAAAAUGUCAAAGAAAAUGUCACGAUACCCCAGCGAUAGAAAGGUGUAUGUAGGUGAUUUAGGCAAUAGUGCCAGAAAGAAUGAUUUAGAGUAUGCUUUUGGGGCUUAUGGAACUUUACGAAGUGUUUGGAUCGCCCGCAACCCGCCAGGCUUUGCAUUUGUGGAGUUCGAAAGUGCUCGCGAUGCCGCAGAUGCUGUGCGUGGUUUAGAUGGGCGCACAGUUUGUGGUCGCCGUGCAAGAGUAGAAUUGUCGACAGGAAAGUUUGCUGGAGGAGGAAGUGGUCGUGGUGGUGAUCGACGUGGAAUGCGUGAUCGCUCCCGCAGAAACAACUCUGAUGACAACAAAUGCUAUGAAUGUGGUGGCAGAGGACAUUACGCCAGAGAAUGCAGACGUCGGGAUAGUCGACGAGGUAGCCGGCGUCGAAGCAACUCACGCAGUCGUUCACGUAGUGCUUCACGCAAUCAUAGAUCUCGCUCACGAAGUGCUGCUUCAGCAAGUCGCUCACGAAGUCGAAGCCGUUCAGGUUCGCAAAAUAAAAGUUCUCGUAAGUCACGAGAUGUCGUCUACAAUAGUAAGUCAAGAGAGAAUGGACGUAGCACAACAGAGAAUGGCAGCUCAUACCAUCGAUACAGUGAAGAUGAACGUAAUGGCGGAACCGGUGGUGGUUCAUCAUCUCCGAAACGUCGCUACGACGACUCCGCAUCGCCAUCACCAAGACGUAACAUUACGACGAAACGUAGCCGACGAGGCGACUCAACACCAUCACGGUCUAGUUCGCGUAGAGAUUAGCAAACGUCUGUUAUGGCAGUAAAAACGACUAACAGACACUGAGCACAAGGGCUCUAAUGCGCAACAGUGCAAGUUUAUAAAGUUUUACCCUCCUCUCAUUAAUUUCCCACAAAUCGCUGUACUAAAAAUCGUAAAAGUUGCAAAUCGGAAUUCCUGAAAUUCAUAAAUUAUGCCGUGUGUCGUAUUUAAGUAGACAAGAGUUUAAACUUUUAAGUAUACUUGUAAACUGAAAAGACUUCUCGAGAUUGCACUAAAUGAAAAAAUUCAUUAAUUUUUAUGGAAACAUAAAAUAAUGCAUUUUGUGUAAUUUACCAUAAAUGAACAACAGUAACAAAGUCUGACAACAUCUAAAAACAAUGAAAUAAGCAAAAAAAGUUCACACAACAUACACAUGUGUUUGUAUUUUUUUAUUUUAAUAUUUUAUAAGCUACUCAUCUAAGCAGUAGAUUUAUUGAAUAGGUUAAAAAAUAAAUUUAAGCUCAUUUCGAUUUAAUGCACAUUAGGCCCGAAACGUAACCAUUUGCUAAAUACAUACAUACAUACAUAGUAGUUUUACAUUAAAAUACAUUGCGCUACAUAACGACGCAACUCAUAUUUAUACAAAAUUGAUUUGUGCUGAUUUGAUCUUUAACAAACGAGUACAGUAAAUGCUGAUUAUUUUCAAAUUUAGUUAAAGACAGCUGUAAUCGAAUAGAGAAAUACAAAUACAAUUUGGAUGAGUAAGCUUUGAUGAAGCCAAUAGUGUUAACCUAUGUUGGUCAAAUUAAAAGGAUUAUAUAACCAUUAUUGUCAUACACAUCUAAUACAAACUUAUAACAAAGGACAUAAUAUGUAUGUAACUUUUAGAAACCAUAAUAAUUAACUUGCAUUACAAUAAAAAGUCUUAACAUAGUCAAUUUAAACUCAAAUUGCAGUCAUUCAAAAUUUUCCGUAUUAACUAGUAAAUAUUAGUUACAUAUAUAUAUAUACAUAUAUAUGUACAUUGCUUAGAGAUAAUUUUUUUUCUACCAUACUGACAACCAUUGUUUAUCAUCCAUCCAAAUUUAUUGCAAUUAAUUUUCAUCUGUGGCUAAUUAGGCGUGUAUGUAUUUACUUUCAACAUAACCAACAAUCCUAAUAAAUAAUGCAUGUUAGCGACCAUGAGGUAAAAGAAAUAUGUAUGUAUUUUAUGUUUAAAUUACUUAGAACAACAAAUAAAACUUUUUUGGGGUUCUGAAAAA